AUUGUCUACUUUAGCUCAUGUGUGAACUUUCACUAUUUUAACGCAUUGGUAUGGGAAGUGUGUAAUUAAUUUACGUUUUAUUCUCUUCUCUUUAAUUAAAUUAGAUCGCCUUCGUUGCUCUCCUAAUGUUGUUGCAGGUGUUAAAUAUAGUUUGGUUUUCAUCUCAUCGAUAGCGACAAACCCCUAUCCAUCAUCGCCUAUUCCCUUAUUUAGGAAACCCCAAAGCCAAAUUUUCUCUCAUUUGUGCUUCUUAUGAGAAGAUAAACAACAAGGACAAAGGACCUGCUAGUGGAAAACCUUGCUGGGAACGAACAAUGGCUACGCCGCCAAAUAGCAGGCUUCACACCAUGUUGCGGGCAUCAGUGCAAUCAGUUCAGUGGACUUACAGCCUCUUCUGGCAACUUUGUCCACAACAAGGGAUAUUGACUUGGGGUGAUGGAUACUACAACGGAGCAAUUAAGACACGGAAGACAGUGCAAGCAAUGGAGGUAAGCACUGAGGAAGCGUCUCUGCAAAGAAGCGAGCAACUAAGGGAGUUAUAUGAAUCUUUGUCUGCUGAGGAGACAAUAAACACGCAAACACGAAGGCCAUGUGCUGCUUUGUCGCCUGAGGAUCUAACUGAAUCCGAAUGGUUCUAUUUGUUGUGUGUCUCUUUCUCCUUUCAUCUUGGUAUCGGGUUGCCCGGAACAGCAUAUGCCAGGAGGCAGCAUUUAUGGCUCAGUGGUGCAAACGAAGUAGACAGCAAAACUUUUUCAAGAGCUAUUCUUGCCAAGAGUGCUCAUAUACAGACAGUGGUGUGUAUUCCUGUGUUGGAGGGCGUCGUUGAGUUGGGCACAACCGAUAAGAUCGAAGAAGACCUAAAUUUCAUCCAACACAUAAAGAGCUUCUUCAUAGAUCAGCAGCCUCCUCCUCCCACGGCAAAGCCUGCACUGUCAGAGCACUCCACCUCCAAUCUCACUUCUUCAUACCCUCUUGUUAUUGUUCCUGUCACUGCUGCCGCCACCGCCAAUAAUGUUCUCAUCCAAAACGACAUGAACAUUGUUGAUAAAGGAGAAGCUAUUAUAUUGAAUAAUAAUAAUAAUAAUACCGAAGCAGAAUUAUUAGCAGACCCUAACAGUAACAGUUUCAUACCGAGCGAGCUAAUGGAGCUGGACCACCAGUUGGAGGAAUUCGGGGUCGGAUCACCUGGAGAUGGCUCCAAUCACUUGGAUUCCUUCCCCAAAGAGGAGUCAAUGGCACUGUGUGCUGCAGGGUUGGAGCUCCUUCAACUUCAACGACCACCAGCUCCAGCACAUCCUCCCACAGAAAAUCUAGCACAAGGCGACACAGACACCCACUACUCUCAAACAGUGUCCAGCAUCCUUAAAAAGAACUCCAGCAGGUGGUGGCCGGAUUCACCCUCCGUCAACCACCCCACUGACUCCUUCCAAUCAGCUUUCAACAAAUGGAAAUCCGACACUGACAACCACCACCACUAUUUCCACGAGACGGUGGCCGAUGGCACCUCGCAGGGGCUCCUCAAGUACAUUUUGUUCAACGUCCCUUACUUGCACGCCAACCGGCUCAAGGGCACGGGAGCUUCGUCAUACGAGACUAAUCACGUGAUGGCGGAGCGCCGCAGAAGGGAGAAGUUGAAUGAGAGGUUUCUCAUUCUACGUUCGAUGGUACCUUUCAUGAUGAGGAUGGACAAGGAGUCCAUUCUGGAAGAUACCAUCCACUACAUCAAACAGUUAAGAGAGAAGAUUGAGAGUCUCGAAGCGCGUGAGCGCCUCCGGGGGAAGAGGAGAGUGAGGGAGGUGGAGGUUUCGAUCAUAGAGAGCGAGGCGCUGUUGGAGGUGGAGUGUGUGCAUAGGGAAAGGUUGUUGCUGGAUGUGAUGACAAUGUUGAGGGAGUUAGGGGUGGAAGUGAUGAUGGUGCAGUCUUGGGUUAAGGAUGAUGGAGUGUUUGUGGCGGAGAUGAGGGCCAAGGUGAAGGAAAAUGGUAACGGGAAAAAGGCUAGUGUUGUUGAAGUGAAAAAUGCCCUUAACCAGAUUAUACCACAUCAUGAGCCAUACACACUUUGUUCCAAUGAUCACUUUUAACCAUGCGUUUGGACUUUAAUUAAUUAAGGUGAGACGGCUGUGCCAAACAUGAAAGGUGUGUUUGUUAGUUAAUUGAAUAAAUUUGUGUAAAUAUUUAAUUCAUUUGGUCAACUAGGAACUUGAAUUGAUCAUGCAUGUAAUAAUAUAUAUAUCAUGAACUUUGCAUGGAGGGUGGGGGGUGGUGUGUCAUACCCAUGAAUGUCCUCCUUAAUUAA